GGGAAAAUAUUAAAAAGAAAAAUAACCUCAGCCUUCAUCGUCUUCCCUUCCCUCACCCUAUACUACUCACCUGUGCGACGCGCCUCCGUCUCCUCAGCACAACCGCUGCCGCGAGCGCGGUCCUCUUUACGACGCUACCUGCUUCACGGUGCCCAACUCAAUCACGCUCUGCAAGCGUCGUCUUCAUCCUGCGAGCUACGGCACCGACCUACACUUCAACUGGCCUCAAAUUGGUUUAAUUUACCACCGCAGCUGUAAGUUCGGACACUUUUGAACACCAACUACCGAAUAUUGUAGCCAUUUUUGGUAAGGUUCAGCAGUGCAGUGCAGUAAAUGGAAGACCUUGUCAAUGAUCAGCUAGAUUGUGGAAAAGGUUCAUGGAGUUUGGAUGGUGGUGGCAGCAAUCAAGUUAUGUUGUAUGGGAGUAAAAAGAGUGAUAAGAAGAGAAAAAACACAAAUAAGGGAUGUAAAGGAAUUCAGCUAAAUAAAAAACCAAAGUUGAGCAAGUCCCAAAAAAGAAAGAUCAUGAAGUUGGAGGAGGAGAAGGAAAAGUCACUUCUAUUGUCGAAAAGCUUGGAGACAUUAGAGAAAUAUAAGAUUUCGGAUGAUGCAUUUCUUCUUUUGCGAUCUUCUGUUAAUAUUGGUAAGGAUGAAACGAGAUUGGAAAAACGUAGCAGAGAUAUACAAUUUUCUAAAGUAGGAAUAGAGGUUCCAGGGAAUGACCAGCAGUUGGAUAGAACUUCCUCUGAUAUAUCUCAAUAUGAAAGUCAUUGUGGCUCUCUUGAUAUUUCUCCGUGCCAUCAACUUUCUGCUAAUGCUGAUGAGGAUGACCCUUUCGUAGCAGAAAAAGAAGUGACAUGUGGUCUGGACUCUUUCAAAGAUCUCGAUGAAGUCGAAAAGACUGGUGCAGCUUUACUAGAAGAUGAAAGAGAUUUAUCCGGUACUAUGUGCGCAGUUGGUGGCUUUAAAGGACCUGAGAUAACGGAUAAAGAGGACGGAAUACCAAAGGUAGAAAUUUGUACAACAUCCAAUCCGCUUCCAGAAAUGAGGCUUUUGUCUAAGCCAAUUGUGGUGCCAGUAUCGAGGCCAUGUGAAGUUGAAGACAAACGAAAAGAUCUCCCGAUUGUCAUGAUGGAGCAGGAGAUAAUGGAAGCUAUCAAUGAGAACCCCAUAGUUAUAAUAUGUGGAGAGACUGGUUGUGGGAAAACCACUCAAGUUCCUCAGUUUCUAUAUGAAGCUGGCUUUGGUUCGUCACAAUCUAGUCAUCAGAGAGGCGCCAUUGGGGUGACUCAACCUCGGCGUGUGGCUGUUCUAGCCACUGCUAAACGUGUUGCGUAUGAGCUUGGUGUUCGUCUAGGCAAAGAGGUGGGCUUUCAAGUAAGAUAUGACAAGAAAAUUGGAGAUAGUAGCUCAAUCAAGUUCAUGACUGAUGGAAUUUUACUUCGUGAAGUUCAGCAUGAUUUUUUAUUGAAGCGUUACUCUGUUCUAAUUCUCGAUGAGGCGCAUGAGAGGAGUAUGAACACUGACAUAUUAAUUGGAAUGUUGUCACGUGUUGUUAAACUUCGUCAGGAUUUGCAUAUGAAGCAACGUCAAAUUAUACUUUCAGGAGGAAAAAUUAGUCUCGAGGAUAUGAUUUUUCCAUUGAAGUUGGUGCUUAUGAGUGCUACAUUGCGAGUGGAAGAUUUCAUUUCUGGGGGAAGGUUGUUUCAUGUUUCACCUCCCAUUAUCGAAGUUCCCACUAGACAAUUUCCUGUAACUGUACAUUUCUCGAAGAGAACAGAUAUAGUUGAUUAUAUCGGUCAAGCGUAUAAAAAGGUUCUGGCGAUUCACAAAAAGCUUCCACCUGGAGGUAUACUUGUCUUUGUUACUGGACAGAGAGAAGUUGAAAAUUUAUGCAAGAAGCUACGAGAAGCCUCGAAGAAGCUGAUGAAGAAAACAUCCGAAAGAAAUGGUGAAAAUAACAAUGGCAUUGUUGAGACGAAUUCCAUUCAAAAUUUGGAUAUGAAUGAAAUUAAUGAAGCAUUUGAAGAUCGUGAAUUUUCAAUUGAACAAACAGAUCGAUUUAGCUCUUUUGAUAAGGACGAGUUUGAUAUAAAUGAUGAUGUGUCUGAUGCUUCAUACAAUUCAGGAUCAGAUAGUGAGUUGGAAUUUAAUGAAGAUGCAAUGUCAGAUGAGACUGAUGGCCACCUUACUGAUGUAAUAAUGGAUGAUGCAAGUAUGUCUUCUCUCAAGGCUGCAUUUGAUGCCUUAGAUAGAAAAAAUGCUUUGGACUUGGAUAAAAGACAGGUUGAUCACACUACAGAUGAGGACUUAUCAAGCAAACAAUGUGUUAGUGCAAGGUUGAAAGAAAAUGUGGAAUUUGGUUUUCCGGUUGGUGCAUUGCAUGUUCUUCCUCUCUAUGCCAUGCUACCUGCAGCAGCUCAACUGCGUGUGUUUGAAGAAGUCAAGGAAGGAGAGCGGCUUGUUGUUGUUGCUACUAAUGUUGCUGAAACUUCCUUGACUAUCCCAGGCAUAAAAUAUGUGGUGGAUACUGGUAGAGAAAAGGUUAAAACUUAUAACUCCUCCAAUGGGAUUGAAAAUUAUGAAGUGCAAUGGAUUAGUAAGGCUUCAGCUGCUCAAAGGGCUGGAAGAGCUGGAAGGACAGGGCCGGGGCAUUGUUAUCGUCUCUAUUCUUCUGCAGUUUUUAGUAAUACACUCCCUGACUUUUCUCUCGCUGAAAUAGCUAAAAUACCAGUCGAUGGCGUCGUCCUUCUUAUGAAAUCAAUGGGCAUCAGUAAGGUGGUCAAUUUUCCAUUUCCUACUCCUCCUGAGACAUCAGCGGUACUUGAGGCUGAGAGUUGCUUGAAGGCUCUUGAAGCCCUUGAUAGUGGUGGAAGAUUGACAGCCUUGGGGAAGGCAAUGGCUCAGUAUCCUUUGAGUCCGCGCCACUCUAGAAUGCUACUUACAGUUAUUCAGAUUAUGAAAAAUUUGAAAAAUUAUGACCGAGCAAAUCUCGUUCUUGCAUACUCUGUUGCAUCAGCUGCAGCUUUGAGCACGUCUAAUCCUUUUGUAAUGAUGUUUGAAGGAAGUCAAAUGAAGGAUGAGUUAGAACAAAACGACAGGUCUUUUGAACUUGGUGACACAAAAACUGAAGAAAAAGUGGAGAAGUCGUUGAAAAAGAAGUUAAAAGAAGCUGGUAAACUCUCUCGUGAAAAAUUUUCGGAUCAUAGUAGCGAUGCUUUGACUGUAGCUUAUGCUUUGCAAUGUUUUGAACUUUCUGAAACUCCUGUGGCAUUCUGCAACAACUACACAUUACAUCUAAAAACUAUGCAAGAAAUGUCCAAGUUGAGAAAGCAACUAUUAAAACUUGUUUUCAAUCAUAGUCGUUCUUCUAUUGCUGAGUCCGAUUUUUCGUGGACUAAUGGGGCUUUGGAGGAUGUAGAAGCUAUGUGGAGGGUCCCAUCCAAUAAACAUCCUCUUUCAUUGAAGGAGAAGGAGAUAAUUGGCCAAGCAAUCUGUGCAGGUUGGCCAGAUAGGGUUGCCAAACGUAUUAGAGAGAUUUCCAAGUCAGUUGAAGCUGACAGAAAAGAACGUGCUGGAAAGUAUCAAGCUUGCAUGGUAAAAGAAAAUGUGUUCGUCAAUCGAGGGUCAUCUGUUUCUCGUUCAGCCCCAAAAUUUUUGGUGUACAAUGAAUUAUUACGUACAAAACGACCAUACAUGCAUGGAUUGACUAGUGUACAACCAGAUUGGCUAGUGAAAUAUGCUAGUUCCUUGUGUGCUUUCUCAGCACCUUUAACAGAUCCUAAACCAUAUUACGACUCUCAAAAUGACACAGUGUAUUCAUGGGUUGCUCCUACGUUUGGCCCGCAUCUUUGGGAGCUUCCUUUACAUAAUGUCCCAAUUAAAGAUAACGCUCAGGGAGUUGCAGUGUUUGCAUGUGCUCUGCUUAAAGGGAAGGUGUUGCCAUGCUUAACAUCUGUACGUGAGUUCAUGGCAGCUCGUCCCGGUAGUAUCUUAAGGCCAGAGGCAUUAGGCCAAAAAAGAGUGGGGAAUCUUCUAUCAAGAUUGAAAUCCAAGAAGAUAAACAGUCGUGCCACAUUGAGAGCGGUUUGGAAGGACAAUCCAUACGAACUCCAUUCGGAAAUCUUGGAUUGGUUCCAAAAGAGUUAUCACAGUCACUUUGAAGACCUUUGGUCACAAAUGCUUUGUGAAGUACAAUUGCCCCAAAAACGUCUCAUCAAGAAGUUGGGAAGGGCCAAGGAAAAGAAAAUAAAAAAUUGAUGACCGAAAGACUUUUUGAUAAAAUGUUGAGAGAACUUGAAACUUGGUAUAUAUUUGUGUAGAAGAUAUGCGGAUGAAGAUAGAUGCAGACAUCUUUUAUAAGUUAGAUAUUCAGCUCAUACGAAAUUUUGGAUCCAGGUAUGCCUUUUAGUUGAGGUGAGUUCUUCACUUGUUUGUAUCUUAUUGUUUUUAUUUAACCAUAGUUAUUCACCCUCAUUUAACGGGGUUCUAAAGUUUUGAUUUACAAAUGUUUUAUGGGGUCACUUGUGCCUCUCUUAUAUAUAAGUUGAGAAGUUAAUUUUUA